AUGGGACCUAUAUCCGAUCUCACGGAUACGUACUCCUUCAAUUGCUAUUUCCGACAAAUGUGGACUGAUUCACGACUGAAAUUUAAUGGAACACAAACUAAACAAUCGCUAUCGUUAAGUAUGGCUAUGCUGGAUAAGAUUUGGAAGCCCGAUACGUAUUUCUGGAACGGGGCGCGGUCCUAUACACACACAAUGACUACAAGUAAUCGUUUGGUAAGACUCUAUCCGGAUGGGACCGUAUUGUUCAGUAGCAGGCUAACUAUCAAAGGCAACCUUAUCCUUUAUUUUCUGAAGUCGAAAAUGUGCAAUGUCAAUGAGGAGAUAUCCGUUGGAUCGACAGGAUCUUAUGCAUUUGGCGAAGAUGAACUGUUAUACGAUUGGGGAGUGAGGGGUACGGAUAGAGGAGUUCAGAUGGACUACGAUGGGAUCAAAGAGCUGGCGCAAUUCACUAUGACAGGAUUUCAAGUGUUCAACUCAACAAACAUGACACGUGACCGAAUUACUUCUGUUCUUACAAUGGUUCUGAUUGCUAACGACAGCAAAUCGGAUGCUCCCAAGACUCGCCGUGAUGGCGGACGGCAUUCAAUGUACCAGCGGACGCGAAAUAUCUCAGUGAAAAAGCAACGUCUGACACAACAAUCGGAAACGUCCUGUGAAGGAGGACAAUUGCAAACGAUAGAAGAAUUCCAGCAAGACAACAUUGGCUGGCGAUUAUACUACUGGAUGAUGAAUAAUGGUCGUCCUACAGAUCCAUUUGGUCUCGCGCAGAAUUCAAUCAGUGCUGUGGAUCAAUUUUCUCGAAUUGCUCUUCCUAUUUAUUUCGUGGCCGUUGUCCUGGUUUACUAUAAUUUCUAUGUAAACACACCUUAUGACUUCAGAUUUGACGACGAAUUUGUAAAAUCCCCUGUAAAUAAUUUUUAA